GAAGAUACGUGGGAAACAAUGGAAUCUUCUAUUCUCGGUAUCCCCUACUGGUGUGUGAAGGAGAUUGUCGACAGUGACGCGAGCAAGUCAUCGGACUAUGAAUGUCUGCGCAUGGAAUACCACGCUACACCGACACCACCUGACGAACACCAGCAACCAGGCUCCUUUGGUGCUUUUCACAUCAAAUUGUACUGGGAGCGAAGGAUACUACUGUCACACAAUGAAACUUUGGACAGAGAGUGGUGUAUGGUUUCAAAUUAUGAUGGCUAUCCAGGGAGCGGAGUUUGUUGGUACGGCUUGGAGGAACGAAACUGUACAUCCACCCAACUUUAUAUUGGGAAAUGCUUGAGUGGAGACGAACGGCAAUGGUUCUUCUUUGACGAUUUGGGAAGCGCAUACAGUGGAAGCCAAGAUCAUCGAGAGGUGCUCAUCAAAACGCUCGACCACCACUGCUUGUACAGACGUGCCAGUGCUAUUUAUGUAACUACCGAAUGCGACCCAAACGAUCCCACCCAGCGAUUCUUUGCCCUGAGUGGUAGCUUUACUCCCAGUUCCGAUCCUACAGCACCUAGCAGAUUUGAAAUAGGACAGUAUCUAGGGUACACGCUGGACAAUUGUCUGACGAAUGCUCAUCAUCCCAAAAGUGGUGAGGUGGUGGAAUUCCACGUCUGCGAAGCUGCCAGAGCCCAUGAUGACCAAACAAGUUAUUGGGAGUUGCUGCGGUUUCCUGGCUUUACAGGCUCACUAUCCAAUGUAGCCCGGAGAUCUGGCAACACUGCCGGAAGUGGUGCCAUGCUAAGCAACAACAAAGACAACAAGAAUGAUGUGCCCUGA